CUUUCCCAUGGCCGCCUUGACAUAUGGCAACCUUGAUUUACCUUUCUUCAUUUUCUUCAUUGUUACAGUUCUUCCCUCUGCUAGUUCAGUUUACUUCAAGAUGCCACGUUUUGAUCCCAAUGAACACAAAAUCCUCUAUCAGGGAGAUGCAGCGCCUUCUGUUGGAGCUAUUGAAAUGAAUAACAGGUACACUUAUAUAUGUCGUGUUGGUUGGGCCAUUUAUGCAGAGAGGGUACCGCUCUGGGAUUCUCAUACUGGAAAGCUUUCUGAUUUCACCACCCAAUUCUCCUUCUCAAUCGACACUUUGGGCCGUACCCCUUACGGCCACGGGCUUGCAUUUUUCCUAGCUCCAGUUGGCUUUCAAAUCCCUCCGAAUUCGGUGUGUGGCUAUUUAGGCCUAUUUAAUGCCACAACUGCUUACUCCUCUGCCAAUCAAAUUGUUAUGGUGGAGUUUGACUCUUUUCCCGAUCCUGAAUGGGAUCCUCCUGACGUUCAAGACCAUGUGGGGAUCAACAAUAACUCGAUUGCUUCGGCCGUCUACACCCGCUGGAACGCUAGCUUUCAUAGUGGAGAUACUGCGGAUGCGCGCAUUUCAUACAAUGCUACAACGAAGAAUUUGAGUGUGUCUUGGACUUACAGACGGACCGCAAAUUCUAAUGAGAAUACUAGUUUAUUCUACAUAAUUGACCUAAUGCAAGUUUUACCUGAGUGGGUCACUAUUGGGUUUUCAGCUGCUUCUGGUGAAAAUGGACAACGAUUCAUUCUUCAAUCGUGGGAGUUCAACUCAAAUUUGGAUGUAAAGGAGACGAAAAAAACUAUUGCAAGCAAGAAAAGAACAAUAGUUGUUGCCACGAUUUCAUUGUUUGUCGUUGUAGUUGGACUGAUAACAGGACUAAUCAUAUUAUUGAAGAGGCGAAAGUUGAUGAGAGGAAAUUCUAGAGAGACAAGGAACUUGACUUCGAUUAACGAUGACUUUGAAAGAGAUGCAGGACCAAGAAGAUUUUCUUAUAGAGAUCUUGCUUCUGCAACAAACAACUUCUCGGAUAAUAGAAAGUUGGGUGAAGGAGGGUCUGGUGCUGUUUACAGAGGUUACCUAAUUGAUAUAGACAUGGUUGUUGCGGUGAAAAGAAUUUCCAGGGGCUCCAAACAGGGGAGAAAUGAGUACAUUACGGAGGUGAAGGUCAUUAGCCAAUUAAGACAUCGCAAUCUGGUGAAUCUUAUCGGCUGGUGCCAUGAUAGGGGUGAAUUUUUACUCGUCUACGAGUUUAUGUCAAAUGGAAGCCUUGAUUCUCACCUGUUUGGCAAGAAACGACUUCUCGUUUGGGCUUUGAGAUACAAGAUAUCUCUCGGUUUGGCAUCUGCUUUGCUUUAUCUUCAUGAAGAGUGGGAGCAAUGUGUCAUCCACCGAGAUAUCAAGUCGAGCAACAUAAUGUUGGACACAAAUUUCAAUGUCAAACUAGGUGAUUUCGGAUUGGCGAGGCUCCUGGACCAUGAUCUGGGUCCUCAUACAACUGGAUUGGCAGGAACUUUCGGGUACAUGGCUCCCGAAUAUAUUAGCACUGGCAGGGCUAGUAAGGAGUCAGAUGUAUUCAGUUUUGGCGUAGUUAUGUUAGAAAUUGCUUCAGGAAAGAAAUCUGUUGAUUCCAUUAAAGAAAAAUCUGAAAUGGGAUUGAUGGAGUGGAUUUGGGAUCUGUAUGGAAGAGGGAAACUUGUUUUAGGAGCGGAUGAGAGAAUGUAUAUGGAUUUUGAUGAAAGAGAAAUUGAGUGUUUGAUGACUGUUGGAUUAUGGUGUGCUCACCCUGAUUGCAAUAUGAGACCCUCGAUAAGGCAAGCGUUUCAGGUUCUAAAUUUUGAAGCGCCAUUACCAAACCUUCCUGCAAAAAUGCCCAUUCCUGAAUAUCGUGUGUCUACAGCAAAUGCUAGUUCCAGUGAACCCUCCAUCUCUACUUCAAGCCUUUAUGUGGGUCGUUAAGUCGUAGAUUCAUUAUUAUGUACUGUAAAUACGGCGUUGAUGGAAUUUGUUUUUAAAAUUUUAAUAAU